AUGAAUAUCGGCAAGAGAUUCGACCGCAUGAAGCAAUGGACGGACGAGAGAAUGGGUAAAGAGAUCAAGACUGCUGCGUCCGACGAGUUCAAGGCUCUUGAGCUUGAGAUGCAGUUGAGACACGAAGGCAUGGAGCGUCUGCAAAGAAGUAUGACUACGUACGUCAAGUCCCUGUCCAAGACCAAGGAGGCAGAAGACAAGGAAAAGACACUGCCCAUCGCCUACCUCGGUUCCACCAUGGCCAGUCACGGAGAUGACUUCGAGCCCGACUCGGAGUUUGGACAGUGCCUCUCGGCCAAUGAGAGAAUUGCUCGCAUGCAGGAGAGCUAUGUCUCGAAUGCUACCAACAGCUGGCUCGAGUCGGUUGAGCGUUCCCUGGCCCAGAUGAAGGAAUAUCAGACUGCCCGCAAGAGACUCGAGACCCGCCGCCUUGCUUACGAUACCUCGAUGAACAAACUACAAAGAGCAAAGAAGGACGAUUUUGCCCUGGAAGAGUCUGCACGAUCACAAAAAGCAAAGUAUGAUGAGUCGAGCGACGACGUACAGCGCAGGAUGCUGGAUAUCAAGGAAGCCGAAGUUGACAGCAUAAACGACCUGUCGACUUUCCUGGACGCCGAGUUGGCAUACUACGACAGAGCACGAGAGAUUCUCAUGCAGUGCAAGAGAGACUGGCCCGCGAUGACUAUACUCUGGACAAUGACCGCUACGCCGACGAGCGUUCUGCUUCGCCCGCCUCAUACAGUGCAGCUCCUAGUUUCUCGCGCUCCGCUAGUUGGUCUCAGCAAGACGGUGGAGCCAAAAACUUGCCCCGCCGCCACCACCUUCGAGGUAUGCAUAUUUCAUGCGCUGUCUAAACUAUUUGCUGACCUCGAUGCCAGAGCUAAGAAGCCUCCACCACCUCCUCCAAUGAAGCGCAGCGCCUUGAGUACGUCUGAUGUGCCGCGACAGUAUUAG